AUGCCACCAACAGGCAGAAAAAGGACAAUAGUUCCAUCGGCUACUGCUACAGCAGAGUCUAACAAACGUGCUCGCUUACCCAACUACGCCGGAGAUUCUUCCAGCUCAUCCAAAUCUCGACACGGAAGGCUCGGAUCGUCCGCGCGCCACGCUCUGGACGGCAGAGGUACCACGGCCCCCAGAAGUGACAAGGGUUCGCCACCAGUGUUUUCGGACACGGGCUUAUUCGUUGCCGAUGACCUUGACGCGUCAGGGGCUAAGUCAAGCCAGCCUGUCUCGCGGAAGACCCUUCAUUCUGGACAAGAUCCUGAUGCCGAUGUGCACAGCAGUCUGCCGUCUAGCUUCCUUCCGGAUUCCACCUCACACGUCAUCCCAAGUACAGACACUGCUGGCUUGUUGACACAACAUACAUUACCGCCAUCCGAGGUGCCGGAUGACCAUAGUCUUACUGAUCUACCUAAGACCCUCUCCAGAUACGAGAGGAAGCUUAAGAAGUUUUUCGACCAGUGGCACGCAUCCCUCGUUAGAAAGGGCAUAUCGGAGCAUCUAGCAUACGAGCUUGCCAAGCGUUGUGUUCAAGCCAGUGAUGAAGAAGGCGAUUCAGAUACAGAACGCCAUAACGUGCGUCGCGUAGAGAAGCCACGCUUUCCUCCAGAUGACAACGAAGACAGCGACAUCGCCUCACGACCAUCUGCCAACCCUGUUCUCACACGGGUCCCUCAGACCGAUAACGAACCCGUUGUGAUACGGCUUGGCGCAGGUGCGCGAGCAUUAAGGCAGGGACUGGGCGGAGAUGACAAGCCAAUUACUCUAGUGGAGGCUUUGAAAGCAAAGAACAGACUCAGGAACGAUUCCAAGGAGGGACAUGGCGCUUUCGACACCCUAGCUGUUGCUCAGAGGCUGCAGGAAAGGGACUUUAAAGGCAGGUUGUCCUCUCAAGAGAUCUGCGUUAUAGGUAUUGCCGUUCUACAUGAGGUGUUCGGCGACCGAGGCCAGAAACGGCUCACUGAUGCACUGACACAUCUUUAUGGUCGCCACCCGCGACGUCACCUCGCCGACCUCGACCGGAACGCGGGCAGGGUGGCAGACGAGAUACGCGAGGGUGGGCAGGCGACACUAUCUAGCUUUACCCUACGUUGGGCUCAGGCAGUUCAGCACGACAGCCCAAACAUGUUGACGAUCGACGAUAUUCGACUGAUCGACAUGAAGGUGACCCUCGUCCGUGAAUGGGAUCGCUGGUCGAACCCGACCGCGGCAGGAUCCAAUAAAGACAUUGAAGACUUCCUCAUCAAGAACGGAAUAAACACCAACGCGGGGCUGUCCCUUUCAACGAGAAUAGCCAAGUAUCUCAGCAGGAAGCUCGGUCUUCCCGAAGGUACCUUGGCGAAGAAGAUCUAUGCUUGGCGACCGCUGGCAGUGAUGGCAGACGUAUUUGGCGCUGGUAUUUACGUCUUUGUCUCUAGGAGCCUCUUUACUUGCUAUAAUAAGAUUCGUCCAACCGAUGGCAUUAAAAAGGAGGAUAAGUUCCGUGUCAUGGCGCUUGCUGUUGCAGACGAGAUCCCUGACCUUCUGGGAAUUUGCGAGGCGUCGUACGCGCAUAUUGUCCAGCCCAUCCUGGAGUCGCUCCUUACUGGCAAUAACAUGCAAGAUCUUUCCAGGGACUUAAGAGUUCCUGGGGUUCAGAUGGCUACAGACGGUGAUCUACACAGCUUGCGAAAAAUGUCCAUUCCAGAACUGCUCGGUGUUUGUAGCUCUCCACGAGGUUUUGUGGAGGAGUUAGAUAGCGUGACAGAAGAAGCUGAGACGACACUGGUCCGCCAACAGUCUAUCGUCCGCAGACAUCAUGAUGAUGAAAACGGCAAAGAUAGCACUGGUGACGAGGACAAUGACGAUGACGAAAGUGGGGAGGAAGAUGAUGAUGAGAAUUACAAUUGA